AUGUGCGCUCCUGAUCCCAGCAAGCUGCGCUGGGGAUUCAGGAGAAGCCCUGGCCGUGCUGGUCGGGAGCGUGUGGCAGGGUUGCCAGGAGUCCCUCCGUGGUUCCACCAUUGUGAUGUCCCGCAGCCCCGAGCGCCACAGCCGCGGGGCACCGGCUCUCACCCCGGCCAGGCACCGGGCGGCUCUCACGGGCCGUUUGCUCAGACACGUGCCCAGACGGGCCGAACGGCCCAGGCCGCAGCACUGAGGGAGCCGCGCCUCGUGCUGGUCUCGGUGGGCUGCGAGAACGGCUGCCUGACGCUCAGCGCCCCCGAGAUGACCAAGCUCUGCUUCCCCAUCCACCUGCCCCGCAAGAACCCCGUGCAGAACUGCAGGGUGUUUGGAGUGGAUAUCCAAGGGAGGGACUGUGGUGAUGAAGUGGCCCAGUGGAUUACCUCUUUCCUGAAAACAGAGCCGUAUCGACUAGUGCACUUUGAGCCUUCCAUGGUGCCAAGGAAGUCGAAGAACGUAAUCAACCGUUUCCGAACCACCGAUGAGGUUGCCUACCCUGACUGUAGCCCAGUCUUGAUGCUUACAGAAGCUUCAUUGGAAGAUCUAAACAGCAGAAUGGAGAAGAAAGUUAAGAUGGAGAACUUCAGGCCAAAUAUUCUUGUUUCAGGUUGCAGUGCUUAUGAAGAGGACUCCUGGGAGGACAUUGUUAUUGGUGAUGUGGAGUUGAAAGGAACAGUGUCUUGUGCCAGGUGUAUUUUAACAACUGUGAACCCAGACACUGGGGUCCUGGAUAGGAAAGAGCCCCUGGAAACAUUGAAAAGUUACCGCUUGUGUGAUCCGUCUGAGCAACAUCUGUACAGAUCCAGCCCUCUCUUCGGAAGGUAUUUUGCUGUUGACAAAACUGGAACAAUUCAAGUUGGAGACCCUGUGUACAAGAUAGUCCAGUAAAGG